UUUUUUUCUGCAGUACUAGGGGUUGAAGUCAGGGCUUCACACAUGUUAGACAAAUGUUCCACCACUGAACCAUAUCCUCAGCCCAGUGAACAGCUCUUCAAUAGCUUUGGGACCUUGGUAUGCUUUUCAUGUUGAAUCCCCUGCAUUGUGAAAUCUGAUUAUGUGGAGCCAAUACAAACCGAAUGACAAUUUCUUGAUGUUCUGUUUAAAGUUCAACCAUUGGAUAUCUAAUUCCCUUUCUCCAGACAUCUUCCAAGUCUAUCACCAUAGGCUGGAUCAUCCUUCAGGUUUUUAUCAGUCACCAAAUGUGAGCUCCCUACAAUGCUACAGACCUAGAAAAUUGAUUAGUUCUUUUACCUAUUUGCCUUUCCUUUUACCUCAAGCUAUCCUGUUUGAGGACUAAACUUCCCUGCACUGAUAAUCCCCAUUCCCUGUCUAUGCUUUCCCUGAAAAUAGGUACUAGGAACACAAAGGAAAGUCCUCAGGGACCGUGCAGUGCUUGGCAGAUGCAGUGUGAGCACGGCGGUGGACAGUGGGCUCUCGCUUUGUGGAUUUGAAUUGGUUCAGCUCUCCAGCUCCCCUCAGUUACUUCUAGCCGCAUGUAUGUUCUUUUUGCAGGGAAGAGAAGAAGGCUCUGGCCUUGAUAAAAGAUUUACCUUACUGCGCAGCAACCAAGAUUUGGGCAGAUAUUUAUGACGAUAGGUUCCUUGAAUCUAGGCCCUAUACAGUCCAAUGCUUUUGAAAUUCGACUGCUUUCGAAUCUUUAGACUUCGAGGUUGAGUAGGCAGUGUGCCAAGAGAUUUAGUGUGUGACCUACAUAUAAUACAGUAAUCACCCUCCCUCCCAACCCAACUCAAUCUCAGUGUAAGAACAGCAGGUAAUCCGAUCCAGUCUUGUCAGACUGGUCCGGCGCACAGCCAGCCAGUGCUCACUGACAGCUGAGGGCCGACUCUGCUGCUUGUAGUCGGGUCCUUUGCGUCUUAUAUUGCACGCAGAGGGUUAGUGGCUCCUGACUUCACAGUCCUCUGAGGUUGUGGCGCACACGGCGGUGGUGUCCCUGCUUUUACGUCCCCGGAGGAGGGCAGACUAGCGGCGGCGCGGGUUUCCCAGCCGGCGGGUUUAGGGCGCGACACCCGGAAGUGGCGGCUGGAGCGGGAGCGCUGAGUUGUCGGGCGGCGGGACAGCGGCCCGGAAUAGGGGGCGGGGGCGUUGGUCAUGUUUCCCUUCGGGCCCCACAGCCCGGGCGGGGACGGGGCGGCUGGAGCUGAGGAGCCGCCGCCUCUCGGAGGGCCGGCGGCAGCUUCCAGACCGCCCUCUCCAGCUCCGCGGCCGGCGUCUCCACAGCGAGGAGCUGACGCGGCCUCUCCCCCGCCGGCCACCGGGAGCCCUCGCCUCCGGGGCAGCCCGGCAGUGUCCCCAGCCGAGCGCGCCGGAGAGCUCGCGGCCCCCGAAGCUCUGGAGUUGUCCGCUGCCGCGUCGCAGGCAGAGCUGUCACCCUCCUCCUCGCCCCGCAGACGCUCGAGGCCAGACUGUAAGGCGGGCAGUUGGAGUCGGCAGGGCCUCAGCGCCGGCCUGGGCGGCCCUGGUGCCAGACUGUUCGGGUGGCUGAGAGAGCGAAGCCUCGGUCGCGGGCUGUUCGUGGACCCGGCUCGGGACAAUUUCCGCACGAUGACUAACCUGUAUGGUUCCAUCCAUCCCGCAGACUCAGUGUACCUCAGCACCCGCACCCACGGUGCUGUCUUCAACCUCGAGUACUCGCCGGACGGGUCAGUGCUGACAGUUGCUUGUGAACAGACUGAAGUUCUGCUUUUUGACCCUAUAUCUUCAAAGCACAUAAAAACCCUUUCUGAAGCACAUGAAGACUGUGUGAAUAAUAUCAGGUGCACAGAAGAUGGGUGUCCACACAAAAAAUUCUUUCAUACACGUUUUCUUAUGCGAAUGAGAUUAACACCAGAUUGUUCCAAAAUGUUGAUCUCAACGUCCUCUGGAUAUCUCUUGAUUUUGCAUGAUCUGGACUUGACUAAGUCUUUAGAAGUAGGCAGCUAUCCCAUUCUGAGAGCAAGAAGAACUACUUCAAGUUCAGAUUUGACCACUUCAUCAAGUUCUUCUGGUUCUAGAGUUUCUGGUUCACCUUGUCAUCACAAUGAUUCAAAUUCAACUGAGAAACACGUGUCACGAGCCUCUCAACGAGAAGGAGUUUCACCACGAAAUAGUCUUGAAGUCUUAACCCCUGAAGUUCCUGGUGAGAGAGACCGGGGAAACUGCAUCACAUCCUUACAGCUGCAUCCCAAAGGCUGGGCCACCCUCCUCCGGUGCUCAAGCAACACUGACGAUCAGGAGUGGACUUGUGUCUAUGAAUUCCAAGAAGGAGCUCCAGUGCGACCUGUCUCACCUCGCUGUUCCCUGCGGUUGACUCAUUACAUCGAAGAAGCAAAUGUUGGCAGGGGCUACAUCAAAGAACUUUGCUUCAGCCCUGAUGGACGAAUGAUUUCUUCCCCACAUGGCUAUGGGAUUCGCUUGUUGGGAUUUGACAAACAGUGCAGUGAGCUUGUUGACUGUUUACCCAAAGAAGCCAGUCCCCUGCGGGUGAUUCGUUCUCUGUACUCUCACAAUGACGUGGUUCUGACAACAAAGUUCUCUCCAACACAUUGUCAGAUCGCCUCAGGGUGCCUUAGUGGACGGGUCUCUUUGUAUCAGCCAAAGUUUUAGGCACAACUUACAUCAAAUGAGGAACUCUUCUGGUGUUUGGCUUAUAAAUUACUUCAAUUUAGGUGAAGUAUUUUCUUUUUUAGAAGAUCUUAUAAGUUUGGAUCAAGCUCUUGGUUCUUAUGGGUCAGUGAACAGAUGUGUGACCUGAGUACUUGGCCUUCCAGCAUCAUCCGGGCAUCACCAUUUCAACCACACGGCCCUGUCCUGUCAGCAUUCCUUUGCCCUGGUCUGUGCCCCUGAGCUUGGGUUUUCUUGGUCGUUUUGCAUGUGGCUUAUUCUCCUACCCCCGUCUCCACUGUUCCCUGCCUCUUUCCUUCUCUUUGAUUUUGAAAUGAAUUUUAUGGACAUUUGGCAGGAGCCUUGGUUGGGAUGAGAAAACCCAUGGCACUAGUAUUAAAUAAAACCCAGAAGUUGGAUGUUGGCACACUGGUUAUUGAGAAAGUUCAUCUGCAUCUAUCAGUAUACUUGGCCUUUAGAGUUACUGUCAGAUACUGAGCACAGGGAUGGCGUUACUCUCAUAACUGUUAGGAACUCUUGCAACAAGGUAUCUUUUUAAAGUUUCCUGUUAAAAUUAUACACGUUAUCUCAUGUGAGAUUUGUUGUGAAAUUCUAGAAAAACACUACAACCUUUCUGUAUGAUUUAUGUCGCUGGUAUGAAUUUACAGUCUCCAGCAUCAUGUCUCUACUUGCUAUUUUGUUCAGUCAGCAGCAUUGGAGAGGAAAGGAGAAGCAAUAAGCUUGGUCAUUUCUGUUGUACAGAAGAUUUAUUCAUUAGGUUGGCACAGUAUCUGGCCAAAGAGUGAGGAGAUUCAUGUGACUUAGAUUGGCUAUGAUUCUUUUAAUCACACAGAUGAUGUGUUUAUAGUCAUGGGGUGGGAGGGAAAUCAAGUAAAGAUUUUAUUGUGUUUGUUCCUUCAACCAGGAAUCAGUUCUCAGUGUUAGUAAGAAGAGAGCUGCAAUCCUCUUUAAGCUGCUGUCAGACCUAGAGUCAGGGACCUGACUGACACUGCUGUCUUGUGUUUGGUUAUGGAAAGUCUGGGAGACAGUGUGUAAGCACAGGCUGCUCCUGUUUGAACAGACCAUGUUCUGCCAGGCUCUGCUACGUUGGCUGGCUGGUUGGCUGGCUGGUUGGCUGGCUGGCUGGCUGGCUGGCUGGCUGGCUGGCUGGCUGGCUGGCUGGCUGGCUGGUUGGUUGGCUGGUUGGUUGGUUGGCUGGUUGGUUGUCUGGCUGGCUGGCUGGUUGGCUGGCUGGCUGGCUGGCUGGCUGGCUGGUUGGCUGGUUGGCUGGCUGGCUGGUUGGCUGGCUGGCUGGUUGAUUGAUACUGUGUUGAGAUAUAUUAGAAGCUGGAAUUUAGGCCAUGCAGUAGCAACUUUGCUCUCUUUGGUUGCAUGCCCUUUCCAUUGUUUCUCUAGUAUUAGGAUGCAGAUCCCAGAAGGACUUGUAAAAAAUGCAGGAAUCUGGGCCAGACCUUAAAACUGAUUUAGGUAGGGAAAGGACAGGACUCUUUGUAAUAAACGGAACCGCAUAUCUGCAUCCAGGUGGUCUCUAGGUCAUAGUUUAAAAUACAACUUGAAAUGGCAGUAGAUAUUUCAUUAUCCAUUUGGUGCUUAACAUAAUUCCCACAAGAUGUUUCAUCUAUUUAAAUAGUAAUAAUAUAGCAAUUUUAGAGUAGAAAAUAACUUGAAGUGAUAUCCAGUUCAUUGUUGGACAAAUGAAAGAGGUCACAUGAUUUGCCUAUGGUCAUACAAAGUUAGUGGUAAAGUCAGGGCUUUGAUUCAAGUCUCUUAAUUCCUUGCUCAGGGUAGCUUCUUCUGUAUAUGCUGGCUUUAAAAAAACAUCAGUGCUUGUGGGCAUUUUGUCUUUAGGUUAUAUAUUAUUGUAAAUAAGAUGGUAAGAUUGAAGAAGGAAGAAGGCAUGGGAGUAGAUGCUGAGAGUUUGAUCCAUAGGAAAAAGUAUUUCAGUACUUACAGAAAUGCUUAAGCGAUCCAAACAUGAUGAACACAACAGUUCUCUCUGGUUCACACACCUGUAAGAGCUUGAGUCUCACUGAGAACAAUGCUAACUCUGGGACAAUCUUUAACACUAAAUCAACACUCCUUAUCAUAGAUGUUGGAAAAGCUGGAAAUUUUGUACUCAUUGAAAAAAACCAAACAAGCACAAUGAAAAUCCUAGGCUUGCUUGCCAUAGCUUUUGACAAAAGUUUUUUCCCCAAAGAGAAUAGUUAGAGAGGAAAUGCAGCAAUUAAGACCUCACAAUUAAAAACUAUUUUGUAUAAGGAUUAAAUUGAUACUCAAAAGAGUCCAUAAAUGAUAUCAGUUUGGAAAGAGUUCUGUGUCAGAUGUUAUACCCACAUGUCACCUAACUCAAGCCAGGGAUCCUUGAAUCAACUGUCUUUGAAUACCUACUAUGUGUCGAAGAAUGUGUCUGCUUUAAUAUACCAAGGGGCCCCUACAAAGGCCCUUACAAGGUAGGUGGGAUGAGCGUCAAUCAUGUUGAAAGUAGAAAUGUGUCAAAAAAAUGGAGUGUGACUGGCCUAGGGGCAGCACUGGAUUCAGACUGACAUUUGCCUGUUGAUUUUACUGCUGAGUUCUGUAGUUCAUGUUAGUCUAUGUGCUUGCUAUCAUCUGCACAUCUUUAUUACAAGGCUGGCCUCCUUCCCUUCAGUACUGCAUAAAAGAUCAUUUCAACACUGAUGUUUCCAUGAGAUGGAGAUUAUAAACUCAGGCCAUUUCUAACAGAAAAAUUACUCAGAUGAGCACCCAUGGUGUAGAAAAGGUGCAGGGGAGUCAGCCUUGUAAGGACGCAAAACCACACAGAUGAGGGCUGACAAGAGCCAGCAAACUUGGCAGGGAACCUUUGCCCUCUCUGAGGUCUAGUCAGGAUCAAGACAAAAUCAGACAGUACUAGCCAGGGAAUUGAAUGGCCGCCCUUUUUGGUUUUGGUUUUGGCUUUUUAAGACAGGGUUUCUUUGUAUAGACCAGGCUGGCAUCAAAUUCACAGAUGUCCACCUGCUUCUGACGUCCAAGUGCUGGGAUUAAACACAUGUGCACCCACAGCCUGGCCUUAGGGUCUCAGUCUAAAACUCUGGUGUUUUUUACUGUUUUAUGUAGUCAUUUUUAUUAUAAUUGGUAGAAAUAUAUUUUAAUUGAUAAUGAAGCUAUUACUGUUGGUAAACCUUGGUAAAUAAAUCAUUCUCCUAAAUAAAAGCUUCCUUUGGAAGAGUCAACAGGAAUGCUAUGUUGAAUGACUUGUAUAGAUGUAUCAAACACACAGUAGUUGCUUAUUUUCAAUCAUGAAAUGAAGAGCUAAUGUAAGAGCUAGCCAGUUAUACAGUGAAACCCUGUUAUUAAAAACAAAUUCUCAGAACCCAAAGCAUAUGUAUAUUUUGUUUUUUUCUCCCUAUUGUAUUCCCAAGAAGGCAGCACAGCAAAAAAAUUUUAAGAAAACAACACAAGGAAAAUAUAAAUUUCAUAUUCCCUACUCCUGCAUCGAGGACCAGAUCAUGUCACAAUUUUCAAGGCUGUGCCCUCUAGAAGGUGAGAAUAAAGAAAACACAUCAAGCAUCUUAGAAGGUGGGUGUUUCUCACCCUGGAGGACAGAGCAGUGUCUAUAAAUGUCUGUUACACGUGGCUUUUAUCUUCAUUAUUUAUUUUUUUCUAGAAAAAGUUUCUCUAUGACACCUUGGCUGUCUUAGAACUCACUUUGUAACCCAGGCUGGCCCACAAUUCAGAGUUUCCCUUGCCUCUGCCUACCGAAUGCUGGGAUUAAGGGCAUAUGCCAGCACACCUGGCUUUCAUUUGGCCUUUGAAAGCAGGAGACAUGGCCUGAUAACUUCCCGAUGACAAUCAUCUUUAUUCUGUGACCAGUGGUCUUGGAGUGCUGUAUAAGUCCACUUAAUAACACCUUCUGUUGGUCGUGAAGGAGUCCAUAUAUAUGACUUCUGUUUGGAUAACUAAUGUAUAUCUUUUAAAUGCCAAACUUUUAAAUUUUCAGUUAUUUUUUUGAUGCAAGUCUCCUUAGGGAUGGUAGUCUACCUCCCUGCCUUUUUAAGCAGUGUGCUCAGUCUAGUUGACUUCAUCAUGAAGUUAUAUUCAUGAUGUUUUAUUGCAAAUCCCCAAUGAGCUCUGAUGCCCGUGAGACAUUUCAGAGAACAAAAGGGCUAUAACAAAAGGGAGGAAUGGCUCAGUGAGGGAUUCCUGCAGCUGUAACUGUUUGCCUCAGUUUUAGUGUUAAGACGAGUUUCAUAUCUGCAAAGUAAUGUGUUCUAUUGCUGUGCCUGUCUCUAACAGGUUCCCAUUUUCUUCUGUGCUGUCUUCAAGUUAUGGGCUGUGACAUGAACUAACCAGUCCUGUAGGGCCUGCAAAGGAACUGCACAGAAAGCUCCCAGUUAAAGGUGGGGUUACUUCAGCUUCCGCCGAGUAAGGGAAGUAAAAACUGGCUGCUGCUGGAUUAAGAACUAGCCGAACCGAAGUCGGGUAUGCUGACACAAAGGCUCUGCCUCUUCAGGGACCCUUCAUGCCUUUAAGAACACAGAACAAGAGGGAGGAAGGAAAAGGAAAAUCUAGGUAGGCUAGAGAGGGAGGUGACACUGAGUAACCAUGAAAAGGUACUCUAGAUCAUCACAUUAAAAGACAGUUUAGUUGGGGCUGGGGAUUUAGCUCAGUGGUAGAGCGCUUACCUAGGAAGCGCAAGGCCCUGGGUUCGGUCCCCAGCUCCGAAAAAAAGAACCAAAAAAAAAAAAAAAAAAAAGACAGUUUAGCGACACUGUAGAGUAAGACUGCACUAACAUUACGUUCUCCAGGGAAGUCCAGACUGUGUAUGUCCUGAGACCUGCUCCCCUCCAAAUGGUAGUAGAAAUCAACAAGAGAAGUCUCCAGUUUGCCUGUGUGAGUUGCUGUCUGGAGUUGUAAAUGACCUGAGAGAGGUUUAAUCACAAGUCCCAGGGGCCGGAGAGGUGGCUCAGCCUUUCAGAGCACUCUCUGCUCUUCCAGAGGUCCUGAGUUCAAUUCCCAACAAGUACAUGGUGGCUCACAACCAUCUGUAGUGGGAUCUGAUGCCCUCUUCUGGUGUGUCUGAAGACAGCUACAGUGCAUUGACAAACAAAUAGUUCUUUAAAAAAAAAAAAAAAAAAGAAGUCCCAAGGAGCACAUGUCAUGCAGGUGUCUUUUGAAUGUAUGUAUAUAUAAAUGUCACUAUAAGUGAUGCUCACCCCCAGGAAUAAUAAAAUAAUAUUCAGGAUUUAGAUCUGGUCACAAUCUUUAAGAUAGGCCAAUCUGUACUUUCCCUUACACAAAGAGCAUAUUUGAAUUUUCUUUUAGAUUUGACUGUAUUCUUUAUUUCCAAACUCUGCUUUUUAGGGGGAUAAGGGGGACCAAACUUUAGGUUUGUAUUUUUGGCAAGUUUGGAAUAUUCUAGUUACUAUGCUGGCAACCAGAACAUACCCAGCAGGUUCUAAGGUGCUAUUGGCCCUUCUGCUAGACUGUACGCUCCUCGAGGGCAGGGCUAUCUUCUUUAUUCUUGUAUCCACGGUGCCUGGGAUAAGAUCUGACAGAGUAGUUGUUCAAUAAAUAUCUGUUGAAUGAAUUAAACCUUCA